UGUUUUGAGAGUUCGUCUGUAAGGAACGCGUUCGAUUCGACACGUCGGGAAACGAAUUCUAUUAUAUUUUUCAAAAAACCGUUUUUGACCUUUUUUUCUUCCUUUUUUCAAACAUUUUCAUAUAAUUGAUUUAUCGUUGUUUGAAAUUCUAGGACAUUGAAAGAUUUAUGUCUACUUUGCACAACAAUUAUUAAAGAAAGAAUAAAAACAACAACAAUAAAUAAAUAAAAAAUAAUAAAAAUAAAAAUAACAAAAGGAAAAACGUUAACAAAUAAAAUCUUGCCGAAUGAGUGAAUUAUGCAUGAUCGAGUUAAUUGAACGCAUAAAGUUUAACUAUUUUGUUAGUGUAAUUCGACAUUAUGUCAUCGAUAUCGGCACAGGGUGUUGUUGAACGUGCCUCCGCUGAGUUGUCAAAACGAAUUAACGGUUUAGGACUACGUUCGAAACACCAUCAUGGCAGUAGCAGUAGCAGCAGUAGCGGCAGCAGUGGUGGCAAAACUUCUGUAAUGGAACGUGUCACUAACGCCCUCUGUGGGGGUAGUAACAGCAAUAGUAACGCCGCAGCGGCAGCCGCAGCAGCAGCUGCAGCUAAUAAUCAACCCGAUAAACCUUCUCGAGUGCCCGCGAAUACACAACAGCAACAACAACAAUCAGCCUCGCCAGCGGGUGGAACUCCCCAUCAAAAUAUGACAUCUAUAACCGGAAAUAUAACAUCUAAUAUGUCGGGUGGCAUAAAACAACAACAACAACAAGGCAUAACUAUAAACUCAAAUGCCAUGAAUACCGGUGGCCAAAAAAGUCAAACCGGAACUCCACAACAAGUACGAAAACAACUUCCAAAUCCACACUUACAUCAUCAUCCGUACAGUAGUCAGCAACAACAAAUGUUGCUGCAACAUCAUAAAAUGCAAGUGGUGGCGCCACCUCCGUGCAUUACUUCAAUAGAACAACUCCUGCUCGAUGAACGAUUCUUGGGGAAACUAUUUUUAUACUUUAAUCCCUAUGAAAGGCGUACACUGGCACAAGUUUGUACGCGAUGGCGUGAUGUUUUGUAUCGGAGUCCAAGAUUUUGGUCGGGAUUGUUGCCAACAUUGCAAUGUCGUGAAUUACGAAUAGUGCCGAAUCAUGAUCGUGUGAAGUUGUACAAUUCGUUGGUUCGUCGUGGAUUCCAUGCGCUAGCAUUAGUUGGGGCAACUGAUGAGGAUGCAUUGGAUGUUGUGCAUUCGUUUCCGUUGGCCUCGAAGCAUAUACAUUCGUUAAGCUUACGUUGUUCGUCGAUCAGUGAUCGAGGAUUAGAAGCACUGUUGGAUCAUUUACAGUCGUUAUUUGAACUAGAACUGGCUGGCUGCAACGAGGUUACCGAAGCUGGACUCUGGGCAUGCCUCACCCCGCGUAUUGUCUCGCUAUCAUUAGCGGAUUGUAUAAAUAUUGCUGAUGAAGCUGUUGGUGCGGUAGCCCAACUUCUGCCAUCUCUUUAUGAGUUUUCAUUACAAGCCUACCAUGUGACUGAUGCCGCUCUAGGAUAUUUCUCACCAAAGCAAAGUCAUAGCCUAAGUAUAUUACGCCUGCAAUCAUGCUGGGAACUUACCAACCAUGGUAUUGUUAAUAUUGUUCAUUCUCUACCACAUUUGACCGUAUUGAGUUUAUCGGGUUGCAGUAAACUAACAGACGAUGGAGUCGAAUUGAUUGCUGAGAAUCUACAAAAACUUCGUGCAUUGGAUCUAUCCUGGUGUCCAAGAAUAACAGAUUCUUCCCUAGAAUAUAUUGCCUGUGAUUUAAAUCAAUUGGAGGAGCUAACUCUAGAUAGAUGCGUUCACAUUACUGACAUUGGAGUUGGUUACAUUUCAACUAUGCUCUCGCUUACCGCUCUAUUCCUGCGCUGGUGUUCCCAAGUUCGAGACUUUGGACUGCAACAUUUAUGCUCAAUGCGAAACCUGCAAGUACUUUCCUUAGCUGGUUGUCCCCUGUUAACUUCUUCUGGCCUAUCCAGCCUUAUACAAUUGAGACAUCUACAAGAAUUGGAAUUAACCAAUUGCCCGGGCGCCAGUCAAGAACUUUUUGAGUAUCUCAAAGAACAUCUACCACGGUGUUUGAUUAUUGAAUAAUAAUACGCAAUAAAACAAAUAAUUUAUACUUGAAUGAAAUUAAUAAAACAAAACAAAAAACGGUUAUUUUAAAAAAUGAUAUUUGAAAACUAAAUAAGAAAAUAAAAACUUUUAUUAUUGUUGACUGUAAAAUACUACAAAAAAAAAAAAAGAAUACAAAAAAAUAGAUAUUAACCUUUAAAAAACAAAAUAAAGCUAAAAAUAAAAAAAACUUAUUUCUAAAACAAAAAGUUCUAAUAGUGAAUAAGACGGUAAAAAAAAGAUUAAAAGUCGUUGUAAUUUUAAAACCAGAUUUUGCAGUAAGUAAAAAAAAAUGAUAGCAAGCAAAAAUAAAUAAUAUUUUAAAACUAAGAUUAAUAUUUUUAAGUCUAUUGAUUUACAAUUUAAUAUUUUUGAUCGUUAAUUUAUUAAUAUAUAGAUGUAAAAUUUUAAUAUAUAAUUGUAUUUCGUUUUCUGUGAUUUAUGUUUUAAGUUUAUAAAAUUACUUCUUCUUUUUUUUAAAUCUAAUUCGAUUAUUUUCUCUUAACAAAAAAAAAUAUAUGUAUAAUGAUGCAAAAAUUACAAAUUUUGCAAUGUUUGUUAAAACUCACUCUCUACGUUCAGUAAUAAAAUUCUUAAAUGCUCCAUUUUAUUUAAUAUUUCUUCCAUAAUUGUUCAAUAAAAAAAACAUAAAACUGGCCGAUAUUUGUAUACACUUAAAAAUAUUUGUGUUCAAAUAAAAAUCAUCAGAAAAUAAAUCACUAUUUAGAACAAAUACCAAACAAAUCUAUCUGAUCAAACUCAAAUCAGCACAUUAUUCAGACAACAAAAAAGGAUCCAAGCACAUGGUUAUCUAUAUAGCUUAACAAACUAAUUUAAUAAAAAAAAACGAUGAUAUUAAAAGCAAAAAUCAAAAUUUAAUUCCUUCCCCAAUCUUUCAAAUUUUCAAAAAAUAAAGAAUAAUCUCAGCUUUACUUCACAAUUUUACAAAUUUAAAAUUGCGUCAAAAUAAUAAAAAAAAAAAAACUUUAAUAACAAAGACUUAUAAUUAAAUACAAGUAAAACCUUUUUUCGGAAAUAUUAAAAAAGAACAAAUUGGAAGAAUAUAAAAACCACACGCUUAGAAGCAUAUAGGGCAUCACCACAAUAUUAAGUAAAAAUAAAAAUAAAUUUAAAUAAAAAAAUAAAAAA